CGGGCGAAACGUCGCCCGCCGCGCAGGCGCGGCGCCCUGACCCGGCGUGCCCCGUUCGCGCCUGCGCAGUCGGCCGGAGGGCGGACAAGGGGCCGAUCACGCCCGCUCCUGCGCUGGGGUCGCCGCCGUCGGGGGAAGCUCCGCCUCCGCGAGGGACGCCGGGCCAGCAUGGCGGAGCCGCAGAAGCGCCUGGCCUUCGCCAUCAUCGAGUUCCUGCAGGAGCAGCUGCAGCACGGCGGGCUCUCCCCGGACGCCCAGGAGAGCCUGGAAGUGGCCAUCCAGUGCCUGGAGACGGCCUUCGGGGUGUCCGUGGAGGACCGGGGCCUGGCCAUCUCGCAGAAGCUCCCGGACAUUUUUGAAGCUGCUGCCGCCAAAGAGCCCUUGCAGAGCUGCCCCAUUGCUGAGCCCGCCUCUCCCACCGAAGAGGAUGUGGUUGAGGCUGAAAGACUGAAAACUGAAGGCAACGAGCAGAUGAAAGUGGAGAACUUCCAAAGUGCCGUCUCGUUCUACGGAAGAGCCAUCGAACUCAACCCGGCCAACGCUGUGUACUACUGCAACCGGGCUGCUGCUUACAGCAAACUCGGAAACUACGCUGGGGCAGUGAGGGACUGCGAGAGAGCCAUCAACAUCGACCCCAAGUACAGCAAGGCCUACGGCCGGAUGGGGUUGGCCCUGUCCAGCCUCAACAAGCUCUCGGAGGCCGUCUUCUACUACCGGAAGGCGCUGGAGCUGGACCCAGAGAACGAGACCUACAAGUCCAACCUGAAAGUCACCGAGCAGAAGAUGAAGGAGGCCCCGAGCCCGACGGGGGGCGCCGGAGGGUUUGACCUGGCUGGGUUGCUCAACAACCCCGGCUUCAUGAGCAUGGCCUCCAACCUGAUGAACAACCCACAGGUGCAGCAGCUGAUGUCCGGGAUGAUCUCCAGCAGCCAGAGCCCCGUGGCCGCCCCAGGAGCCAGCACGGCCCCCCACGAUCUCGCCAGUCUCAUCCAAGCGGGCCAGCAGUUCGCUCAGCAGAUGCAGCAGCAGAAUCCGGAGCUGAUAGAGCAGCUGCGCAGCCAGAUCCGGAGCCGGACGCCCAGCGCCAGCAACGAAGAGCAGCAGGAAUGAGGCAGCUGCCGGACUCUGCUCCUGGCCAGGAAGACCCCCUUUGCCCCAGGGAAGGACCAGCUGAAGAGCCUCCGAGCUGCUGCUGCUGCCAGCCAUUCCUCCCUUGGAAAAGCCCACAAGGAACGGGGCGGGGGGGGGCACCGAGCCUGAUCCGAUCUGCAUGUUAGAGACUGUUUUGCAUAGCCUCCCUGCCUGCUUCCUCCCCGCCUCGCCCCUGCGUGGACUUUGCCAGGGGGAGCGGAGAGUUACUGACUGCAGACCAGCAUCUCCCGCCAUCCCGGACCCUCGAAGGCAAGCUGUGGGCAAGCACUGGGGCCGUCAAUGCCACGCCUUUCCUGUUGCUCAGAAGAACACACACAUCCCGAGACUGUGCCAUCCUCCAGCAGGGAGAGUCUUCUUUUCCAAACUGGGAUUUCCUUCUCGUCAGCAUUGCUGGAUCCUGGCACUCCGAGGCUGGAUGGCCCCCGUCUUGGGGAGAGGCCCAGUUGACUGGCUGGGAGGGGCAACUGGUGGAACUGGCACCGGUGCCUGGGGAAGAUGGGAGGACGUCUCCGUGCUUUUCAGUAGGACGUUUUUAAGGAUCGUGGCUAGUCUGGUGUGAGUUUUCUGGGGGCGGGGGGGACGACAACGUGGCUUUCUUUCUUUCUUUCUUUCUUUCUUUCUUUCUUUCUUUCUUUCUUUCUUUCUUUCUUUCUUUCUUUCUUUCUUUUUCUUUCUUUGGGUCGGGGUCUGGGGAACUUGCCUGGCUGGACUGGCUAAUGGCACUCUCUGCCCAGCAUGAAGGGUGGCAGGGGGACUCGGCUGCCUACCCGGGACUGGGCCAAACCAGGCAGCUCCUUCCUCAAGUCUCUCCUUUUGGCCGGGGGUCCCCUCGGCCUCUGGUGUCCAGAGCGUGGCUCUCGCCCCUUGAGGUGCCACCCGGAGGGUUAGUUGAACCUGUUGAAUCUCCCGGAUCCUCUCCAGCCAGUAGGAUGGACCGGAUGGCAGCCCAAGGACCUUGGGGGAGGAGGGUCACCUGCCAGAA